AUGCCACCCUCUAAAUUCUAUCUAUCUAUCUAUCUAUCUAUCUAUCUAUCUAUCUAUCUAUCUAUCUCAAUCGAUCGAUCGAUCUAUCUCUCUAUCUAUCUAUCUAUCUACCUACCUACCUACCUAAUAUUCAGGUGUUGGAUCUGUCAUAAAAGUAUUUUCUUUAAGAAGAAAAAAGCUAAAAUAGUUAUCUAUCUAUCUAUCUAUCUAUCUAUCUAUCUAUCUAUCUAUCUAUCUAUCUAUCUAUGUCCGACUAUUCAUUAUCUAUCUAUCUAUCUAUCUAUCUUACUCUGUUCAUUAUCUAUCUAUCUAUCUAUCUAUCUAUCUAUCUAUCUAUCCCAAUCUGUACAAUACCUAACUACCUUCUCAAUAUGCAGAUACCCGUCUCUUUCUCUUGAUCUAUCUAUCUAUCUAUCUAUCUUUGACUAUUCAAAUGUCUUUGUGUACAUAUCUAUCUAUCUAUCUUCUAUCUAUCUAUCUAUCUAUCUAUCUAUCUAUCUAUCUUUGACUAUUCAAAUGUCUUUGUGUACAUAUCUAUCUAUCUAUCUAUCUAUCUAUCUAUCUAUCUAUCAAGCGAUUUACUCAGAAGACAAAUUACAUGGAAGUGCUCGCUCUAUCUAUCUAUCUAUCUAUCUAUCUAUCUAUCUAUCUAUCUAUCUAUCUGACCAUGUUUAUUCAAAUCAUUUAUCUCAAUUUGUUUAUUAUCUAUCUAUCUAUCUAUCUAUCUAUCUAUCUAUCUAUCUAUCUAUCUAUUUGUGUUUCAGAAGCAGAAUUUGCCAGCCAUGUCUUUUCAAAAAGGUCUUUAACUCUUGA